AUAUGUGGAAGUUGCCACGUACGGCAAAGCUCGCUAUAAGGAAGAACCAAGUAGACUUGGCUCUUCUCCCGUCUGUCUGUCAAACUCUCCUGUUUCUCUCUUUUCUUUUCCCUUAAAAUUUAUUUUCUGAGCUGAAAAUAUUUGGAACCCUCUUGAGAAAGACUUUUUGUUUGAUUCAAAAAGAUGGAAAAGAAAAGCAAAAGAAGACGACUUUCAUCAUUGGUGAAGAUCUUCUUCUUCGUUCUGGUUUUAGCUGCAACUUUUCGCGGCUCUUUAUCAGCGGCCAUUCAACAACCCAGCAAAAAGAAGUCAACGUCAACCCAUACGACGGCUGCUACUAGUUUUGACUCUUCUUUCGUUCUUCCUAUCUCUGGAAAUGUUUAUCCACUUGGGUACUAUUCUGUUUCCGUCAAUAUAGGUAAUCCCCCCAAGCUUUUCGACUUAGAUAUCGACACAGGUAGUGACCUCACUUGGGUCCAAUGUGAUGCGCCUUGUACCGGUUGUACAAAGCCUGUGGAUCACCUUUACAAGCCAAGAAACAAUCUAGUGCCUUGUUCUAACCCCUUCUGCAGCGCUAUGCAUUCGUCAGAAAACCACCAAUGUGAGUCUUCAAACGAUCAAUGCGAUUAUGAGGUGCAGUAUGCUGAUGAAGGUUCAUCUAUUGGUGUGCUGGUCUCAGACCACUUUCCUCUAAGAUUAAUGAAUGGCUCUCUCCUCAAUCCUGUAAUGGCCUUUGGAUGCGGAUAUGAUCAAAAAAAUCCAAGUCCAAUCCCUCCUCCUCCAACGUCAGGGGUCCUUGGCCUUGGGAAAGGAAAAUCAAGCAUCAUAUCACAAUUGCAAAAAUUGGGUGUGAUGAAAAAUGUUAUCGGACACUGUUUAAGCAGUCGUGGAGGAGGAUUUUUAUUCUUUGGAGAUUAUCUUGUGCCUUAUUCAGGAAUCAGGUGGAUACCAAUGUCGCAAAGUUCCUCAGACAAACACUACAUAUCAGGACCAGCAGAGCUUCUUUUUGGUGGAAAGCCUACUGGUGUAAAGGGCCAGCGAUUUAUUUUUGACAGUGGGAGCUCCUACAGUUACUUCAAUGCCCAACUGUACAAAAACAUGCUUAAUUUGAUAAGAAAGGAUCUAUCAGGAAAGCAAUUAAAAGAUGCACCAGAGGAGAAAGCCCUCUCUAUCUGCUGGAAAGGUAUAAAACCUUUCAAAACUGUUAGUGACGCCAAGAGCUACUUCAAGCCCUUAGCAUUAAGCUUUACAGCUGCGAAGAAUGUUCAGUUGCAGUUGCAACCUGAAGAUUAUCUUAUCGUCACGAAUGGGGGAAAUGUGUGCUUGGGGAUUCUAAAUGGCAGCGAAGUAGGGCUUGGAAACCUCAAUGUCAUUGGAGAUAUUUUCUUCCAAGAUAAACUUGUGAUUUAUGACAAUGAUAAGCAUCAGAUCGGUUGGGUUCCUGCAAAUUGUGACAGACUUCCCAAGUCCUGAACCAUUCUAUUCUAAUAGUUCUUCCCUUUGAUGCAAUUUUGCUGAAGGACUUUCUCAUUGGGAUUUUUUUAUUGACAGUGUGGACCGUGAUUUUAUCGAGGGUUUUUGUCAGCCUUACACUAUCAAUUACGGUAUCCUUGAAGACCACUGUCCAUCACAAUAUGCUACUGUUAAGAACAAUAAACUGAUCGAUACAGAGGGCAUUGGACCAAGAUAUAAAAGGCAAAAAUAGCUUUAUGAUAUUAUAUAUUGUAAAUAAAUACAUUUGUUCAAUCAUAGGUUUAAAAAAGCUGUUCUUUUUUGUUCUGUAACCAUCGCAAAUAUAAAUGGGUAUGACCCACAUACAAAGAAAGUAACUUUUGUUACAAAAUA